GCGACGGAAGAAGAUUGUACGGGAUCGAUUCAAGGUAUUUCAGGAUAAGUUUUGGAGGAAGACGAUCUGCUUCUUUCAUCAACGUGGUGGUCGUACUCGUAAAGUCAGACCGGGAAGUUGCGUAGCAAGGCCUCUCAUUGAUACUGGGAUUUGGACUAGGGAUCGAUCCAAGAUAGGUAGCGUGCCCACCCAAAACUUGUCUAGAUUUUUACGUUAUAAGCAAUAAGGAGAGGGAUGGGAUGGGGAGUUGCCUCUCUCGAUAAAAAACCAUUAUCGAUUUCGUUUCUUUGAACGCUUUCCAACCAAGAAUCGUACUCGAGCAGUCCCCAGGUUUGGGAGGAGGACGCUAGGAAAGGAAAAAAAGUGAAUAUCAACAGACGGAUAGUUAAAAGAUGCACAGAAUUCCAAGGAUCUUCUGUUCAUCUGCAUGGAAGGGAAAACAUAGAAUUGGAGUCCUAAGAAAUUACUCCACUACGUCUCUACUCUUUGAUGAUACGCAGAAGCAGUUCAAGGAAAGUGUUUCCCAGUUUGCGCAAGAUAAGAUUGCUCCUCAUGCAGCAAAGGUGGACGCUACCAACAACUUCCCAAAGGAUGUUAAUCUGUGGAAGCUCAUGGGGGACUUUAAUCUUCACGGAAUCACCGCUCCAGAGGAGUAUGGUGGACUUGGUCUUGGUUAUUCAUAUCAUUGCAUAGCAAUGGAAGAAAUUAGUCGAGCUUCUGGAGCUGUUGGCCUUUCAUAUGGUGCACAUUCAAACUUGUGCAUUAAUCAGCUGGUACGCCAUGGGAAUGAUGCUCAAAAGAAGAAGUAUUUACCCAAGCUCAUUAGUGGAGAGCAUGUUGGAGCACUGGCAAUGAGCGAGCCAAAUGCUGGUUCUGAUGUUGUCAGCAUGAAAUGCAAAGCUGAUCGUGUUGACGGUGGCUAUGUCAUAAAUGGCAACAAGAUGUGGUGUACAAAUGGACCCAUCGCUCAAACUCUGAUUGUUUAUGCAAAAACAGACAUAACAGCUGGGUCGAAAGGAAUUACUGCAUUUAUCAUUGAAAAAGGAAUGAAAGGCUUCAGUACUGCACAGAAAUUAGAUAAACUUGGAAUGAGAGGAAGUGAUACAUGUGAACUUGUUUUCGAGAAUUGUUUUGUCCCACAGGAAAAUGUUCUUGGACAAGAAGGCAAAGGAGUUUAUGUGCUGAUGUCAGGUUUGGAUCUGGAAAGGCUUGUUCUAGCAGCCGGGCCACUUGGUCUUAUGCAAGCAUGCCUUGACAAUGUCAUUCCUUAUGUUCGCCAAAGAGAACAGUUUGGCAGGCCAAUUGGUGAAUUUCAGUUAAUACAGGGAAAACUGGCCGACAUGUACACGUCAUUACAAUCAUCUAGGUCGUUUGUGUAUUCUGUUGCUAGGGACUGUGAUAACGGGCACACUGAUAGAAAGGACUGUGCUGGGGUUAUACUUUUUGCAGCUGAACAUGCCACCCAGGUUGCUCUUCAGGCGAUACAGUGUCUUGGGGGGAAUGGAUACGUGAAUGAGUAUCCAACUGGUCGCCUUCUACGUGAUGCAAAACUAUUUGAGAUUGGUGCUGGGACCAGUGAAAUCAGAAGAAUGAUAAUUGGUCGUGAGCUCUUUAAAGAGUAGUAGCUGCAUGAGUGAAGCUGAACCCGUACAGGAAUUCCUCAUUCAUGUGGCCGUUCCAAUCAAGAAAAUGCUGGCAGACUUACACUGUAGAUUUUGUGGGAGAUUGCGGUACAGAGGCCAACAGUUUAUUUAUCUGUGUACAAUCUUUUCCAUGAAUAAGAAAAUCAACCUCCUUUGUGGCGCCUAUUUAUGUUAACUGCAAUCUCUUGUGUUAAUAAAAAGCAUUCUUCCUUUGUCGAGAUA